GGAGCAUCCCCAGGCCCCCCCAGGCGCGGCUCAGCACCAGCCCUGUGCGGAGCUAACGCCUGGGCCCUGCGCAAGGCGGGCGCAGGAGGUGACCCUCGGUGGGCACUGGGCUGGGGGCGGUCAGGGGCCGCAUCCUGCCCGCGCAGGGCCCCAGGCAGGCUCUGGGGCGGUGCUUUGGCGUUAAUCUUUAACCGCGGGUGCCAGGCGGCGGCGGGCAGCGGUGGUGCCAGUGCCGGUGCCAGCGGCCAAGGGCCAGCCCCAGGGCCGCAUCCCACCAUGAGACGAGCAGGGGGGCUCAGCCCAGGGCCCGAGAAGCAAAGCAGCCUCCGGAUGCACCCAAGGGACCUCCACCACCCCCAGGCUGCUGGGAGCCACCGCCCGAGCCCCCCCCCCAGGCUGGGCAUCCAGAGCUGCUGGCCUCCUCCAGCCCGUGCCAGGCACGUCGUCUUUGAGGACGAGCUGAUGCCACUGGGGAGACCCUCAAGGAGGGUUCCCACUGACAAGGAGAGCAAGAAGUCUGUGCCCCCCACCCUGGCACCGCGGCCAUGCACUCUCCCGGAUUAUGUGGUGAGGUACCCAGCGAUCCGCAGCCCCCGGCAGCGGGAGGGCUACAAGGGAGUCUUCCAGGACCAGCUGGCCGAGUACACAGAGCUGCUGGGGCAGGUCCGUGCCACCUGGCACGGGCUGGGUGCCCAGGAGGCUGCUCGACCAGGCAGAACCCCCCCCGAGGGCUCCAGGGGGCCUCUUUCUGCCCCCCAGGGUAAGACCAAGGUGGCCCACGUCUGGCAGGAGCACGGGAGGAAGAAGAGGGUGAGCAGAGGAAGGGCUCAGGAUGGCUUCUCCGUUCUGGGGAGCUUGUGGGGAGGGUGGGGGGGCAAGCCCACAGCCUCCCCCCCGCAGAGGCGAGGAUCCGCCCAGCUGAGCGCGGUCCAACCGGCAGGAUGCGACCCUCCCGGAGCGGCAGCAGCGCUGCCGGUACCUGAAGCUGAAGCUGACGCACAUCAAGGCUCGGAUCCAAGAGUUCGACCGCGACGGCGGCGCCGCCACCGCGCCCCGGGGCAGGAGGACCCCAGGACAAGCACCCCAGGAGCUUGGUGCUGGGAGUGGGCUGGGGGUGCUGUAAGAAUACACCCAGCGCCCUGCCUGUGCCCAGCCAGUGCCCAGCAGGCCAACUGCACCCACCAGGGCAUGGAGGAGGAAGCCACCCACAGGCUCGUGGUGGACAAGGUUGGAUGAGGACCCCAGGAGCUGGGUGCUGGGGCCAGGGUGGUGAUGCUGCAGAGAUGCACCCAGUGCCCACCCGAUGCCCACCCAGCCAACUGGACCCACCCGUGGAGAACGAACCAACAGGCUGCUGCUGCUGGUGGUUUUGGGGUGCUCUGCUGCUCCAUGCCCUGGGGAGCUCCAUGGCCCUGGCAUCUCCCCAGGAAGUGCCCUGGGCGCUGGGUGGGCACUGCCUGUCCCCAGGUGGGUGCCAGGCCCCUGGUUGUGCCCUCAUCUCACUCCAUGUCAAUUCUGGGGACCCUCCCCCCCCUUUUUCCCCCAGCUGCAUAAACGGCCAGACCUGGCGGAAAGAAA